AACUUGGAACAACUCUUUUAUUUCAAAGCAAACAGGUUCCAAACUCCCCACUCCUCCUUCAAAAGAAAAACAAACAUCAGUCUUUUCAAACCAAUUUUCUCUAUCAAGUAUGAACCUCUGCACUAUGUCUGCCACAGUAUUGCUAAUUUUGAAGCUGGUGGCUACCAACUUGGCAAUGAAUGUUCCCCAGUCUUCAGAGCGACUUGGGUUCCGGAAAAUCAACCCCAACUUGAGAAAUCAAGAGUCAAAGUACCCAUUGGGUGAAGGGACUUCAAUAAGUCAACUAAGGUGUCAAUUGGCUCACUCUGCAAGGUAUGAUUGGGAGGGACCUCACAAUAGCCAUCAGGACCUUGAAAUGGGCCUUGCAGCAAGCUCUAGUUCUUCUCAUGAAAUGCAACCAAUCCAAACCUCAAAAGAAUCAAAAAGUCUUGGAGCUCUCAAGCCUGAAAAAGAGGACUGUGCAAUAUGUCUGGAGGAGAUGAAGGCUGAUACUGAUGAGGUCUUUCCAUGGCCAGAGUGUGGCCACACUUAUCACAAAAUCUGCAUCCAACCACUAGUAGAUUCUAAGGGAAAUUGUCCCAAAUGUAGGGCUCCAUUUCCAAGAGAAAUUUCCACAACAGACCAGGUUUCAGUUCCGCCUACCAACAUUGUACAACGUGUUUGGACUGCACUUGACUUGCGUACAUCCAAAGGCCGUUUCUUAUGCUUCCUCAUCUUCAUUGAGUGUGCCUUCCUCUCCUUGCUCUUUCAUGCCAUGAUUUCAGCCUCCCCAACCCGUCAGUCCACUCAUGCCCCAGCCCCCAAAUCACCAUUCUUUUAAUUUUUUUGUUUUGAUUGAUUAUACAUGUCAGGUUGAACAUUCACACAACUGUCCAAGAUUUUUCCUUUUCUGUUGGGAAAUUACAUGAAGUGUGAAUUAGGAACUUGAUAUCUAAAAUUCAUGACGUUGUCUACUCCACCUGCCUCCUUUUCAGCCUUCCAAAUGUACUAUACCAUUAAUUUUGGGACGCUGACCUGCCCCAAAAUCUUAUGUUUUCUGAAUCUGUUUCUGUCCUGUUGAUCUGUUUGGAAAAAGCUUUUUUUUGCCACAGGUUUUUUUUUUCUUUCAUUAAUUGUCUAUGCAGUAUGCAUAGUCCAUACUCUGGACUGAGCUCUAAUUUCUCAUAUCAUCCCAAGGAAAUCAA